AUGGCUGACACAAAGACUGUCAUGGAGAAGCCCUCCACCCACCAAUUCGAAGAUGCAAUAAUCGAAAAGUCUCCAUACCGCGCCGAUUGCAAACAUAAUGAGACAUCCACAGAUGCUGAAAGGUCCAGUCUUGGUCCGCCAACCUUUGAAGACGUGGACGAAGCUGCAGUCCUCAGGAAAAUGGAUAUCCGACUGAUUCCCAUGCUGAGUAUGCUAUAUCUUCUGGCAUUCUUGGAUCGAGGCAAUAUCGGAAAUGCAAAAAUCGAGGGUCUCGUCGAUGACCUGCACAUGACAGGACCGCAGUACAAUUGGACUUUAACCGUCUUCUUUUUCACUUACUGCGUCUUCGAAUUGCCGAGUAACCUGCUUCUCAAGAAGCUCAGACCGUCGAGAUGGUUGCCACUGAUCAUGGUUGCAUGGGGCAUUGUCAUGACAUUGAUGGGAGUCGUGAAGGACUACGGUGGACUGCUCGCUACGCGCCUCUUCUUGGGUGUUGCAGAAGCAGGCCUUUACCCCGGAGUCGCAUACUACAUUACCCUCUGGUAUCCACGGCACCGAGCACAGUUCAGACAAGCUAUGUUCUUCAGUGCAGCCAGUGUAGCUGGUGCAUUCUCGGGACUUCUCGCAUACGCCAUUGCCAAAAUGGAUGGCGUUGGAGGAUAUGCUGGCUGGCGAUGGAUUUUCAUUCUCGAAGGCCUUCUUACCGUUCUUGUGGCACUGAUAGCUCCAUUUGCGAUCUACGACUCUCCAGAAACCGCAUCAUUCUUGACUGACAAGGAGCGUCAGUUUGUCAUUCACAGCCUUCGUAUUCAAAACUCGGCCGAUUCGCACGAAAUGGACACAAAGGAUGACAAGUUCCAAUGGCGCUAUGUCUAUGAUGCUUUCACUGACUGGCAGAUUUGGUUGGGUUUGUUUAUGUACUGGGGUAUCACUUGCCCGUUAUAUGGCAUUUCCCUGUUUCUUCCAUCUAUCAUCCUAGAUUUAGGAUACAAGUCAUCGACUGCGCAACUGCUCACUGUACCGAUCUACAUCACGGCCGCAAUCGUGGCCGUCAUUGCAGCAUGGGUUUCAGACAGACGCAAGGAGAGAUCCCCAUUUGUCCUCUUCUUCAUGGGAAUGAUUGCCAUAGGCUUCAUAAUAUGUCUUGCAUCUACAGGACGUGGAGUUCCCGGCGUGAUGUAUUUUGGGAUCUUCGUGGCGGUAGUUGGAAUUUACCCUGCUUUCCCGGGAAAUGUUACCUGGCUUAGUGUCAAUAUGGCUGGAGAUUACAAGCGGGCUGCCGGAAUGGCGAUUUAUAUCGGAAUCGGUAAUUUGGCCGGAGCCAUGUCUUCCAACUUCUACCGUGCCCAAGAUGCCCCAAAUUAUAUCCUUGGCCAUUCGCUUGAGUUGGCGUUCGUUGUCGUUGGUAUGAUAGCGGCCGUUAUCUUGCGCCUGGCCUACCAGCGUAUCAACAAGAAGCGUGAUGCUAUGGAUCCUUCCGAAUACCCAUCAGACCCUGACUCACUGGGAGAUCGCUCUCCACUAUUCCGAUACAUGCUAUGA